AUGACCAACAUUACGGGUGACGCUGCAACAUUUAGAGAACAAGGAAAUCAAGCAUUUAAACAAGGACACUAUCAAGAAGCUAUUGAUCGAUAUACAGAUGCAAUACACGCUCUUAACAAUGAACAAUUAAAUGACAGCAUUAAAAAUGAUUUGACUAAAUGUUACAGCAAUCGUGCUCAGUGUAAUAUCAAUUUAGAACAAUAUGAUGAUGCCAUUGAAGAUGCCACCAAAGCUCUCGAGUAUACACCAGCUGAUCAAAAGUCGUUGUAUCGUCGAGCAAACGCUUUCGAGCGUUCUGGAAAAUUAAAUCAAGCAAUAUCCGAUGCUCAGCGAUUAAUGGCUAUUUCAUCAAAAGGCGGAUCGACAGAUGAGCAAACCUACAAUCUUUUACGAAAAUUACGUGAAACUGCACAAAGCAAAGUUUCACAGCAAACACAAUUGAACAGUAAAGUUCAACAGAUGUUUGAAACUGUUAUUUCGAAAUCAAAUCAACAAGAAACUGCUUUAAAUAAUAUUCUUGUUAUAUCACGUGAAUCGUCUGGCGCCGACGCUAUUCUUGCUUAUGAUACUGAUCUGAAACAUUUAAUGGAAUUUAUUCAGAGAGACGAUCGAACGUGCAUCCUUGGUGCAUUAAGAAUAUUCGCUGAAAUUGCAAAAAAUUCUUAUAAACGAGCUGAAAUCGUUUAUAAUACACUUGGAUUGAAACCAAUAAGUCGUUGUUUUGCAAUGAAUGAUGCAGAAAUCACAACUAGCGCAUCUAUAUUGGUUCAUAAUAUGCUUAUGUCAAUAUGUGAUCUUGAAAAUCGUCGAAAAGUUCGCAAACCUGUCAAUGUUCCAUAUAAUUUCGAUCCAUUUGUUACCGAAUUUAUUAAUGAAAUAUUUCGCAUGUUACUGAAUUUAAUUGAUGAUAGAGCAUGUUCUGGCGUUGGACGUGAUUGUUGCCUUGAUCUUGUUCUUAAAUUUGUUGACCGAGCAAGUGGUUGUAAUUGGACAACUAAAUUUAUUUUAUCAGGUCUACCAAAAGUAUUGCGAGUAGCAGCGACAGUACCGGAUUUGCCCGACCCUGACAAAAAACAAUAUCCAUUAACAGAAAAAACCAAAAUGCAUAUAUCAUGCACAUUGAGUGUUGUUUUUCAUGAUCUAUAUUCGGAUAAAGCACGCGAAGAUUUCAAUAAUGAAUGUGCCGAAUUUAUCAUAGCACUACGCGAACGAGAUGAUGUUCAAUCACGUGUACGAACAAUAUCAACUUUAUCGGUUCUAUUACAAGGUCCAUUCGAUACUGGCAAUGCUAUCUUAGGCAGUCAAAAUCUAGUAGAUCUUAUGAUACAAAUGGCUGGCUCAUGUGAUCCCUUGCAAGAACGCAUUGCCGUGGAAGCUAUUGUAUUAUCAGCUUCAAAAAAAGAUAAGGCUGCUGGUAUUCUAUCAUUAGGCUCAGAAAUUCUUAAAGAUCUUUAUCAAUCAGCGAAUGAACAAAUAAAAGUUAUUGCUCUUGUGGGCUUAUCAAAAAUUGCAUCGAGCAAAGGUACAGAUUCAGCGGCGAAUCUUGUUACAGAAGGUUCAUGUCAAACAUUAUCUCGGGCAUGUUGCAAGUUUUUAACUACGAGUCCAAAUUUCGAAAUUCGUCGUUGGUCAGCCGAUGGUCUUGCUUAUUUAAGUUUAGAUGCUGAUGUUAAAGAAGAACUCGUUGAUAAUAUUCUUGCAAUAAAAUCUCUUUUUAAUCUAUGCCAAUGUGAAGAUGCACACGUAUUAUAUUCGAUAACAACAAUAUUUGUUAAUUUAACAAAUACAUAUGAUACGAAAAAAGCCGAUAAAGAAAUGGCUGACUUAGCUACUUAUGCUAAACAACACGUUCCUAAAGAACAUCCGAAAGAUGAUACAGAGUCUUAUGAAGAACGUCGUCGAAAAUUAGUCGACGCUGGGAUAAUAUCUGUUCUGGUACAAUUAUGUAAACAUAAAAGUGAUAAUUGUCGAGAACAAGUGGCAAGAAUUUUUCUUGGACUUAGUGAAAACGAAAAAUAUCGUGGACCUAUUGUUGCAGCUGGAGGAGCAAAAGCAUUACUUCCACUUGCCUUGGAUGGAACACCUGCUGGCAAAACUAAAGCAGCUCAAGCAUUAGCUAAAAUAGCGAUUACAGCCAAUCCGGAAAUGGCUUUUCCUGGUCAACGUAUGCUUGAACUUGUUCGACCACUUCUUCAUUUGCUUAAACUGGAAAAUACAGCAUUGGAAAACUUUGAAGCAUUGUUGGCUUUAACAAAUUUAGCUACUGGUGGUGAAAGUGUUCGAAAACGUAUUUUAAAAGAAGGUGGAUUUCCCAAUAUCGAACAGUACAUGUAUGAAGACCAUACAAUGCUCCGACGUGCAGCUACGGAAUGUAUAAGCAAUUUAGUUGUACAAGAAGAAGUAACGAAACAUUUUACUGGUGAAAAUGAUCGAAUUAAAUUAGUGGUUUUAUUAUGUGGAGAAGAAGAUCCUUCGUUAAUAAAAGCAGCUUUAGCAACAUUGGCAAUCUUAUCUACAUUACAAAUUGAUCUUGAAGAAUAUAAAGAUAUUGAAUUAGAUGAUGAAGAUCGUAAAAAAUUAAAUGAAUAUCUCGAAGAAAAUCGAAUUAUAUGUGACAAAAUAAUUAAUGUUACAUCAUUUACAGAGAUUUUUAAACAAUUGUGUGCGUCAGAAGAUGAUGCAAUACAAUAUCGAGCUUUAUAUGUUAUCCGUAAUUUAGUAAGAGCCAAUAAAGAAGUUGCGAUGGGUAUUGUUCAAACUGAUUUAAUGGAUGUUUUAUUCGCUAUUAAAGAAAUAAAAGAGGAUGGAUCAACAAAUGAAAAGAAUCGAAAAUUACUUUCGGAUAUAAUUCAACAAUGUUUGUCUUAUGGACUUAUUCAACCCAAUAAAGAUCAUACAAUUAUUGAAGAAGAUGAAAAUGCCGAUUUUGACUAA